AUGGCCAAGUUCGUCCCGCGGCAGCGCAAGCACAAGGUGCUGGCCCGCGAAAAGGCCAAGGAGAACGCCGUCGCCCCGCUCGACGCCGACACCAACGCCGAGCAGAUCGACCCCGAGGAGAGGCGGCUCAUGCGCGAGAAGAAGGAGCGCAUGAAAAAGGAGCUGCAGGGCGACGUCAAGGUCAGCGGCAAAAAGGCCAAGCGUCUCGACAAGUACAUCGAGAACAAGCUGCGCAAGGACGAGAACCGCGAGAUCCUCGCCAAGCUGUCGCAGAGCAAGAUUGACACGAACCUGUUCACCAGCUCCAAGACCAUCGGCCAGGGCAAGGAGACGAAGAGGCAGGCCAUCAGCCGUGCCAUGAGGGAGAGGAAGGCCGGUGUCGAAGUGGACGAGGACGGCGACGAGCUUUUGUUCGAGAGGCCGCGGCAGCAGGACUCUUCGUCUGAUGAGGACAGUGAGGAUGACGAGCCGGCACCAGCGCCGGCACCGAUACCGGCUCAAAAGCCCGCUUCACCGCCCACCGAGGCUCCCACAGCAAUCAGUGCGCCCCAACCUUCUGCGGCAGCUGCCGGCUCUGGUCUGAAGAGGCCCCUCGAUCUGGACGAGGCAGGCAGGCCGGUGCUGCGCAAGCGUCAACGGCGCGGAGGUGUCCAGUCCAAGUUCACCAUUGCCGAGCCAGCAAAGGGCGACCUAGAGGAGGAAUGGAGCGGUUUCAGCUCCGAAGACGAAGGCGUGGGAGGUGCCAAGCUUGGCUCUGCCGACACCGAAGAGGAUGCUUCCGAGUCUGGAUCCGGGGACGACUCUGAUGAAGAUGAUGACGAAGAAGAAGACGGCGAGAGCGCCUCCGAUGAGGACGACAGCGACAUGGACAGCGAUGACAGCAGCUCCGAGGCGAAACCCUCGGCUUUCAAGGCAUGGGCGCCGGCACAGAGGAACGAGGCUCUGGGCUUCAAGCCGGCGAGCGAGUCGACGCAAAUACUCGACGUUCCCCGGCCAGACAAUUUCACCCCACGCGCUGCCGAGCACGAGCCGCUGCCAGAGGAGCUUCAGCCCUCGGUCAACCUCGCCCGCAAGGCCUUUGGCGUGACCGUGACAAGAACGCCCGAGAUUCAGGAAGCUCGUCUCAAACUUCCCGUCGUGGGCGAGGGAGCAGAGGAUUAUGGAGGCCAUUCACAACCACGACAUCAUCGUCGUGUGCGGUUCCACCGGUUCGGGAAAGACGACGCAAGCUACGGCUCGCCCGACUCCCCGACGUCGGGCAUGAUUGGUGUGACGCAGCCGCGUCGAGUAGCCGCCGUUAGCAUGUCAAAACGUGUGGCCGAGGAGAUGGGCGAUCACGCUGAGCGCGUCGCCUACCAGAUUCGCUUCGAGGGUACGACGAGCGCCAAGACGGCCAUCAAGUUCAUGACGGACGGUGUGUUGCUCCGAGAGAUUGCGCAGGAUUUCUCGUUGAAGAAGUACUCGGCCGUCAUCAUCGAUGAGGCGCACGAAAGGAGCGUCAACACGGACAUCCUCAUUGGCAUGCUCAGCCGCAUCAACAACGUCCGCCAGGAGGACCAGAAUGGUUCAUCGCCACUGAAGCCUCUCAAGAUCAUCAUCAUGUCGGCUACCCUCAGGGUCGAGGACAUGACGCAAAACUCCCAGCUAUUCGCAACGCCGCCGCCGGUCGUCGAGGUCGAGGGUAGACAGCACCCUGUCACAAUCCACUUCGCCCGCAGGACACGACCCGACUACGUUGAUGAACUGUACAACAAGAUCAGCCGGGGUCACAAGAAGCUGCCUCCUGGAGGUUUCCUCGUGUUCUUGACGGGCCAGAAUGAGAUCGUGCAGCUCAGCAAGAGGUUGGAGGCAGCUUUUGGCGGUCUGACCUCGGCGAGCGGCCCCAAGGUGCAGAUCUCCGCGAGCGAAGCGCCGAUGGAGGUUGAGGAUAUUGAAUUUGGUGACGUUGACGACUUUGACGCUGGAGAGCUUGACGAUGAGAUUUCAGAAGGCGAGGGCGACGAGGACGAAGACGAAGAGUUCAAGAUUGAGGAGGAGGGUGAGACGGGCCCCUUGAAGAUGCAGGUGCUGCCACUCUACUCUCUCCUGCCAACGCGCGAACAGAUGCGUGUCUUUAAGGAGCCGCCAGAGGGCACGCGACAGGUCAUUCUCGCAACCAACGUUGCGGAGACGAGUCUUACGAUCCCCGGAACGAGAUACGUCUUCGAUUGUGGCCGGUCCAAGGAACGCCAGUACGACGAGGUCAGCGGUGUCCAGACGUACGCCAUCGGAUGGGUCAGCAAAGCCAGCGCCAACCAGCGAUCUGGUCGUGCUGGUCGUACGGGCCCCGGUCACUGCUACCGCCUGUACUCGUCGGCAGUGUAUGAGAGGGAUUUGCCUCAGUUCUCCGAGCCUGAGCUCUUGCGCAUGCCCAUUGAUGGCGUCGUGCUGCAGCUCAAGUCCAUGAACCUCUCCAACGUAGUCAACUUUCCCUUCCCGACGCCCCCUGACCGAGCAAGCCUCCGCAAGGCAGAGAGGCUCCUCCACUACCUGUCAGCCAUCUCUGCCGAGGGCCAGGUGACGCGCAUCGGCUCGACCAUGUCCAUCUUCCCGCUAUCGCCGCGCUUCGCCCGCAUCCUCCUCGUCGGCCACCAGCACGACUGUCUCCAGUACACCAUCGCGCUCGUGGCAGCGCUGUCGGCGGCCGAGGUCUUCAUCCCCGAGAACCAGGCGAUCCCCUCACUCGAGGCAACAGAAGACCACGUGCUGCGCACCAACGCCGUCGUCGCGGCCGAGGACCGCCAGGCCACGAUCCGGCGCGCGUUCAACGGCGUGCAGCGAAACUUUUGCUCGCUCGACGACAAGUCGGACGCCAUCAAGCUGCUGCAGGUGGUCGGCGAGUACGCGCACGAGCCGACCGAGGCGUGGUGCGAGAGCCACUUUGUGCGGUACAAGGUGCUCAAGGAGAUCCAGCAGCUGCGCCAGCAGAUUGUCGAGCUGCUGCGCACCAACGUGCCGUCGUUCCAGAACCUGCGGUUCCAGGACCGCCUCGACCGCCCCACGGACAGGCAGGUCGCCUACCUCAAGCAGAUGGUGGCCGCCGGCUUCAUCGACCAGGUGGCCAUCCGCGCCGACAAGUCGCCCACGCCGCCGGAGAACGCGCGCAAGCCCCGCCGCGCCAUCGACGUGCCGUACCUGCCGCUCGUGCCGCUUGGCGUCGGCGCCGACGUUGACAAGUUUGUCUACCUCCACCCGUCCUCGCCCCUGGCGCACAUGAGCCCCCAGGAGCUGCCCGAGUACGUCGUCUACGCGUACCUGCAGCGCGCGACGCAGGGGGUCGACCCGACCAAGACGCCCAAGACGCGGAUGCAUGCCCUUACGGAUGUGACGGGCGGCCAGCUCGCCGGGCUGGCCAAGGGCACGCCGCUGCUGACGUACGGCAAGCCGGUCAAGGAGGUCAGGGCCACGGCCAUGGAGAGGGAGGUCUGGGUCGUGCCGUACCUCAGGGCCGAGGGCGUCGGGGGCAGCGGCUGGCCUCUGCCGAUGAAGAAGGUGAUUGAGAAGCGGGAGGUUGGCAAAGGCUGGGUGGUGCAGUAG